AUGUCUCAACCGUCUCUACUCGAAAUGCCUGAAAAUGUGUUGCUGAAAAUCACAGAAGCAGUUGGAUUCCCUUCGAUAUUUACCCUUCGAAAAGUUUGCCGUGGCUAUCGUAAUUUCAUUGAUGACCAAAUCCCAAGCAUCAACCUUACCGAUAUCAUAAUCCAUGUCCAUCAACAAAAAAUGUACUUGUAUUACGACAUUCCUUUGAACAAAAAACUGAUACUUUACAAAAACCACCCGGCCGGAUGUGUGGUCAAUCACGAAGGUCGCGAAUACGUUAUGGAAAACGAAGAAUUUUUAUCAGUUUUCCUCAGAGACUUCGGGCUGAUCAUCACGCAUCAAAAGUCAGCACUUGAACAAUUUCAUUUUGAUUCUCGCAGUAUGACAAACGAUGAAGAGUUUCGUCAAUACACAUCUUCAAUUUUCGCAAAAAUCCAGAAGAUUCUGAAGUCCCGACCACGCCCAUUGAAAGUCAAGGAAUUCGCCAUGAGCAUUUUCCGACAGGAGGAUGUUAUGUCUAUUCUACCGUUUCUUGAUGCGAAUCCCUUGACGAGUAUUUCAAUGCUGCAUCCCAACUAUGGAGCGUUUUUAAUGAAAGAGACGACGGUGGAGCUCAAUGAAGUUGUGGCGUUGGCUCAAUGGAGAAAUGCCAAACAUUUGAACAUUUCUUAUUUGUAUGUCACGGAACCAGUGGAAAAUUUGUUCGGAUUCACGAAAAGUAGGAUAUGUAUAAAAGUAGUGUCUGGAAACGACUUGUGUUUGAUCAAAGAGAAAUUCCUGUCUCCCGAUAACCAAACCGAGGAAUUUCUUAUAAGCUAUAAAGAACUUGUCGAUACUCAGUUGUUGGGAGAAUGUUAUUCAACUGAACACGGGGACCAAACCUGGUACUACCGUACCGAUCACUAUAACAAAAUAUUGAAAAUUUCCAAAAUUAAUUGGACUAAGAUGAUUACUGUAUCAUUUAUUGAGAGAUCGAAUGUUCCUGAGUAUGCAUUGGUGUUGGUUCAGUAA